AAGCAAGAAAUGUAUAGAUCUCAAAAAGGAGCAUAACUUCAAAGGCAUAAUUGCAGGAACGCGAAAAACGACACCAGGAUUUCGUCUUGUUGAGAAAUAUGGGAUGCUUGUCGGAGGAGCCGAUACUCAUCGUAUGAAUCUCUCUUCCAUGGUAAUACUAAAAGACAAUCAUAUCUGGAGCCAAGGGUCAAUAACAAAGGCAAUCGAACAUGCUAGAAAUGUUUGUGGAUUUUCACUAAGAAUAGACGUUGAAUGUCGGACCGAAGCAGAAGCCGAUGAAGCCAUUCAAGCAGGAGCAAAUGUGAUUAUGCUUGAUAAUUUUGAAAGCAAAGAUUUGAAAUCUUGUGCAAAAUCUUUAAAACAAAAAUGGACGGAUAAACAAUUUUUACUCGAAUCUAGUGGUGGAAUUACAGAUGAAAAUAUUACCGAAUAUUUUUGUCCUG